UAAGUAACGAUAAGUACGAAAUUAGGUACGUAAAGUCUUUACAGUUGAGUUUUCUGCUAGAUACGCGAGGAUCAAAAACAUAACUAUAUCCAAAAAGAUGAUCGGAAGAGAUGCUGCUUCGAUUCCCAACGUUGACUUACCAUCUACAACGGCGGGAUCACGAGUUUCAGGAUCGUUGCCAUGCCGACGGAAAAGUCUUGUUAACGCCGGACAGGGAGAUGUUUUCUACGGCGAAGAUGACGUGGCAGAUUUGAUGUUUAGAGAAGACGAAGUGGAACAAGACUCGGUGAUGAGAGCUUACAGAAGUGACGAAGCUAUGAGAUCUAUUCAAGAUACGAGAAGACGAGAAAGAAGAAGCUUCUUUUGCUUUGAAUGUUUCGACUUUCUCAUACUUGUUUUCUCUAGAAAUAGGAACUAAUUAACAUACAUCUUG